GAACUGCAUUAUUAUGUUGUUUGUGGUAACUCAAACCGACUGUUAUCGACAUUAUUAAUAGUAAAUUGAUCUGAUUGCAGCACAUCACUAGUAAAUCUCAUGUGCGGCUUAUUGCAUUGUCGCUUUGUGCGUUUUCAUUUAGUAUUUAUUUUCGAAAAACGGAUUACCCGGACAGCUUUUUUACAUUAAACAUAACAAAGAAAUGACAGCAGAGAACGAACGCGAAAUAUAUCAUAAAUUAGAAGCGAUGAAAGAAAUCAGAAAUAAAACGAUAACUUUGGAGCGCUUGAAGCGAAGUAUUCUCAAUGAAGUGCGCAGUGGUGACCAGGAGGGCCGGUGCUUGGCACAGUACAAGAGAGAAAUGGAGUUGCUACAGCAGGAGAAGAUGAGCCAUGUGGAAGAGCUACGACAAAUACACGCCGACAUAAAUGCGAUGGAGACAGUGAUAAAGCAGACAGAGGAGAGCAUGGGUCGCAAGCUGACAAACGCAUCACGACUGCACGAGGAUUACCGGCCAUUGAAGGCCGAGGUGGACAUGCUGCGCCGGCAAUGCCUCGGCCUCGACCGCCUGCCUGACCUGCACGAGGAGGAGGGCUCGCCCAUCACACCAGACCGCUUUCCAGCGUCAGUGAGGGGUUCAGGUGUGGGGGGCGGCGCAGGGGGUGUGGGGGGUGCGGGUCUGCCGACUGGCGUGGGGGGUGCAGGGGGCGCCGCGUUCCUGCCCCCCGCGCCGCGCAAGCCGCCCCCGCCGCCCGCGUUCAGGUCUGCCCUACAACAAGAUUUCAUUACCGUCUCGCUGAGACAGCAGCCGCCGCCGAUGAAGUCCUGCUUAUCUUGUCACCAGCAGAUACACAGGAAUGCUCCUAUCUGUCCGCUCUGCAAAGCCAAGAGCCGUUCCAGGAACCCCAAGAAACCAAAAAAGAAAUAAAAAUAAGAAAUAAAUUCAGUCUCUAUAAACUAAGGUAAGUUAAUUUUGGGAAUAGAAUUUUGACCAUACUAUAUGUAUGAAAAAACAUAUGAAACGUUUGUAAAUAUUUUGAUGUCAUAUUUUAUAAGGAGUAUUUGUUAGGUUACAGUAGGAUAAAGUUAACUGACCCAGUGAGAAAUCUAAUUAGUUUUGUCAGAAAAUAUAUAAAACUUAUAUAGAUAUGACAAAGUUUUAACAGUGGUAGAGCUCGCUUUAACAUCU